CCCAACCUCAUUUUGAGGCAUAAAAGCAGGCACCUUCCCAGCAGCUCUUCACUCUCUGCUCAGAGCCGACGACCAGCCGACCCUCAGCCAUGACCUCCUUCUCCAGCCGCAGCAGCUACAUGUCCUCCCCCGUGAGGAGCUCCGUCAUGAUGGCCCCCUCCAUAUUCUCCUCCUCCUGUAUGGGUAGCAUGAGGGCCGGCAGCGUGUACGGAGGAGCCGGAGGAUCUGGAGUCCGUAUCUCCAAGUCCUCAUUCUCCUCCUCCUCCUCCUCCUCCUCCAGUGCUGGCGGUGCCUUCAAGCUGAGCGACGCCAUGGACGUCUCUGUCAGCGAGAAGGCCACCAUGCAGAACCUCAACACCCGCCUGGCCACCUACCUGGAGAAGGUGCGCAGCCUGGAGAAGGCCAACGCCGAGCUGGAGCUGAAGAUCAGAAAGUUCCUGGAGAGCAAAGCUGCGCCGGAGGCUCACAACUACAGCAGCUUCAACGUCCAGAUCAAAGACCUGCAGGACCAGAUCCAGUCCGCUGCUCGUGGAAAUACCGCCCUUGUCCUCGCCAUUGACAACGCCAACUUGGCCAGGGACGACUUCAAAGUCAAGUUCGAGAACGAGCUGGUCAUGCGUCAGUCAGUGGAGGCCGACAUUUGUGGCCUGAGGAAGGUCUUGGACCAGAUGACUCUGAGCCGGGCUAACCUGGAGAUACAGGUGGAGAGUAUGACGGAGGAGCUGAUCUUCCUCAAGAAGAACCACCAGGAGGAGCUGCUGGCGAUGCGAGCUCAGAUGGGCGGUCAGGUGAACGUGGAGGUGGAUGCGGCUCCAGCAGAGGACCUCAAUAAGGUCAUAGAGGAGAUCCUUGAGCGCACUGAAAUCCACAUUUGUUUUCCAAUACAGCAGCCCUUCCAGAACUAUCAUCUAUUUUAUUAUGACCUCAGUUAA